AUGCCCGUCACUGAAAGCGCUGCAUGCCCGGCAGGGCUGGCCACCGCAGAGUACCCUUGCGGCGUCUACUCCUGCAGGGACACGUUUGGGAGGACGCGGUACUGCAACCCGAGCAGAGACAUCUUCGUCAACUUGAAGCUUGCUCCCUCCUACAUCGGUGUGCAGGGCUGUGACGCGCAGAGUGGAAGGUGGGGGAGCGUUGCCUGCAUCGACAAGUUCCAUGUAGAGACGAGCAACAGCACAUGCUCGUGGGUGAAGGACAGAACCACGUGGACCAGCGAGCAACAAGUCUAUCAGUGCAACGAUAAAACACUUUGCAAUGUGGGAAGCGACGGCUGGUCGUGCUGCAACCAGCACGAUUUCAUUGCGAGGUGCCCUAUCGACAUUCCCUACAUGUGCAACAACCCGACGCUUUGCUCUGAUGGCAAGGAUUUCUGCUGUGUGUUUGCAGCAGAUCUCUGCGACGUCCCACCGCAGAACGGAUUGAGGCCGUGCAACGAUUCCUAUCUCGUAAAGGAGAGCACCUGCAGCUUGGAUGGGUGUGCACCUGCUGAUUCUUCUGUCUGUGAAGACGUGUCGUCAAGCUCUUCUUUCUCCCUGAACCUUGACGAUCCUUAUCAAGUCGCCAUGAGCCGCUAUGGAGUAGAUGUCAAGUGUCUGGCCUGUCUGCGCAACGGCAUCCUCCGCCGCUCCUACUCCUCUUCCUCUGACUUCAACAUGCAGAUCUUGUACUCCCCGACAUCUGCUGCUACGGCAGGAGGCAACGCUCUGUUACUGUCCAAUCGCUCCACGUGCCUGGCACAGAAAAGUCUUUGCUCGCGCGUUGUCCAUGAGUAUGGUAUCGAGAGCGAAGCGAUCGUCAUCGAGAAGGAGGAGGACUGCUACAGCGGCUACUGGAACUACGUGCAGUACCUCGCAGACUACUUCGCCUCUGAGGUUCCUCCAAGGAUGAGGAGCGCUCCUCGUGACGAGCUGCUGGGCAAGAGGACGCGAGUAGAGGUGCAGGUGAGCAACGUCAUCCUCCUCGGGCUGGAUCUCAGCAAGGAGACCUUCUCCAGCUCUGCGACGGUGAAGCUGACAUGGAAGGACUCCCGGCUCCUCUCGUCCACCAGUAACCCCCUAGGGAGAUCCGUCUUCGACGUGGAGAGGCUCAAAGGAGCCAUCCUGACAUGGCGGCCUGACCUCACAAGGACCAACGAGGAGGAUGGAGGAGGGUGGGCGGCAGCCCCGAAGUCCGUGUCGCUCAACGCCUCGGGGGCGGUGGAGGAGGAGAGGAACUUCUCCUCCUCAUGGUCGUGUGAUCCCCUUGGACUCUGGGUGAACCAGACGGGCAUCGCACGCCUACGCAUGUCUUGGAUGUAUCCUGCAGGAGCACUGGCGGACAACUCCUCCUCCUCCUGGAUCAACGACUUCGCGCUAGCUCUUCUCCCUCCCUCCUCCCUCUCCGUGCGUGAUCACACCCCCCGCCAUCGCGUCAUCUUCGCACACUCUUUCACCGAUCCUCAAGGCCUGCACAUCGAUUUGUUCGUCCAGGAGCUCCCCUCUCGCGUAGCUCUCAAGUUCGUCUAUCCGGUCAUCCUACUCAUUCUCUUUGUCCUGCUCGUCGCAAGCCUUGAGCCUCCUUCUCCUGAGAUCUUGGGUGGAAAGUUUCUUGCCUUCCAGAUCAGCUUGUGGUGCGUGCUGGUUGUCAUGAGCAUCCGCACCUUCGACGUCUCCUCCUCUCUGCCGUGGCUGGAUGUGUUCCUGACCUGCUCCCUCACUGCCAUCGUCGCAGUGGCUCUAGUCAUCGUUCUCUCCUCGUCGCUCUGGGAGCAGCAAGGGACGCAACAAGUUGUCAACAGGAAGCUGCAACAGGAGAUGAGAAUGAGGUCUGACAGGCGCAAGGCGAGGAUGUUCAAGUGGGGUUGCCUGGGAGCGAUUGUGUGCGUUCUCAUCACCAGCACUACCUCGGAGUUUCUGCGGGAGAGAGCGAGGAGGGAGGAGCUGCCUGCUCAAGUCAACAGCUUCCUCUUCGAUCCCGGAGCAGCUGCCGCGUGCAUUUCCCUCGGGACCAUCGGAGCUGUGUGCUGCCUCGGACCCUUCACGCUCGAACUCCUCCUUGAGCUGAUCUCGUUUCUGCGCGGGUUGACCAUGAAGGUUGUGCCGGCGAGCGGGGAAGGCAUGCACGCCGUGAACGUGAACUAG